AUGCCAGACCACAGUGCAGAUUUUCCCUUGAGCGCCGCUGCAGUUCAGUCCUCCAAUGCCACGAGCAACUUGUUCUUGGGCACUGCCCCCAGGUCGUGGAUGGUCAAUGGCAGUGCAGCCGCCAAUCGAGUGACCGUGCAGCCUCAACCAGCCCGUCGGUACAGCAAUCCAGCACGCAAGAGACCAAAGCCCCAGAGACUCAAGACCACUCUGCCAGCAGAAAUUCCAGAUGAAUAUUCCACCAUCGUGGUUGCGUCCCCGUCAUAUGCUUUGCCCACCUUCACAAGAGAAUCGCGACUUGCGCCGUCUGCGGCUGAGAAUGAAAAUGCACGGCAGCAGGACACACUACACUCUCUGACGAUAUCGUCAACAGCCGAUGCACACCAUCAACAACCAGUGCCUGCUUCCAACACUGUUAUCCUCGAUUGGCCUACAGUUAGCAACGCCGAGAUUGAGGACAUGUCAAGAGUGCCUGGGUUAAAUGAACACAGCGCGGUAGCAGUACAGCCAUCAGCCGUGAAUUCAAACACAACUACAGCUGUAGAUGGGGAAGGCAACGUCCAGGCAGAGGUAGUGACGCUUGUUGGUGACGACGCCGAGCAUUUGGUCACCUUGCCGUCUUCAGAAGUCAACUUGCUUCCAGACCUACCUCCGACGAAUGCAUCUCACGAAGAGAUCGACCUCUUCAGACAGAGCAGCACUCAAGGCGCCUCCCCGAGCGACAGAGCAGCCCUGUUGGAUACCUCUACCGGAAGCCACUUCGCUCCUGUUGGCGGUACCCCUCCCGCCGACGGAGGGCAUUCUGAGAGCCGCCGAAAGCGUGUGGUUGAUAUGAGGCUAUCUGAAGACCGAAGAACACGCGGGAGACUAAAUGCGGAUGUGGACGAUCUUCAAUUGCAGCUGCCAACGCCUCAAGACUCUCCAAUAACCUCCAAGAUGGCUACUCUCAGCGAAAAGUUCGAAUCGGUGCUAGGAGAGAUUGUAGCUGGUCCGAUCACAAUCAACCCCCAGUUGGUCAUUGAUAGCCGUCGCGUGGAGAUGAUUCGUGACGCCUGCCGUCUGAAUGAUCGUUUCUUUCUCCUGGCUCAUCACCUCUACUGUCUCUGGUCAGACACCCAACAGGACAUCCUUGAUCAGCUUCAUCUCACCGAGAUGCAUUUCAAAGGCAUGCAAGUUCUGGAACAGGUUUUCGGUGCCAAACGGUAUUUGACUGCAGGAGUGUUUCAAGUGUUCUUGACGUUUCCUCAAUCCGCCGAGGCAUUGCUUCAAGACAGGAGCUAUGAAUUCGCGGUGCUGCUGGAGGAGGUCCGCUGUUUUCUCUUCCAUUUGGGUACCGGCUUCUUUACUCUACGCGAUUCCGCAUUGAACAGAAAAUGCCCGCCUUGUCCGGCCGAGUUCAAGUUCUCUUUGAAGCUGCCGUCACCCGUCCUGCAAAAGGCGCUCUUUCGUUCAAUUCUGCGUCAGACUCAUGACGACCAGGCGUGGCUGCCGCAGGCUUUGUCGCUGUUUUCAAACGAAAUGGACAAUCCGACCGGUUCAGCCAUAAGUAUUGCUGAGCUGAAUGCUUACCAUGGUGCUCAGCUGGCUCCAAUCGUCAGUCGUUGGACUCAUGUCUAUGCUCAGCAGCUAAAGGAGUACGAGGCUGCGAGGAAUGCAGGCGUGACGUUGCCGCCAGCGAGUGCCCAGCUAUCAAUGGACGUCGAUCAAGGUCCCAGCUCUGCUCAAAUGUACAACUCAGCUGGCCUUGUCGCUGGAUCCCCGGACGCGCCUGCCCAUAUCCAGGGCCUCCCUCAACCGCCUCAUUCAGUGCCUGUUGCGCCUACUCAGUUUGUCUCUCGAGCUUCAGAUUCCACCUUUCGACCAGGUCAUUUCUUCCCGGCCUCCUCUUCGCCCACUCGGUUCAGUACCCAGCCGCCACAUUCUCCCAAUCCGCUACAACACUCCUACCCAACAUCACUCCGCUCACAGCCGGUUGCAAACCCCUGGACGCAAAGCCACGGCAACAUAUCUUCGAAUUUUCCCGCACCACCUCAGACUGCUCACUCAAACCCGCACCCACAGUUUCCGAGUCAGGACUGGAAUGGCAUCACUCGUGGUCAAGCGCUGCCCAAUUACGCUAACCAGAUCAAUCCGGGCACGCCGGGGAUAGCACCCAUGGCACCCAUGCGCCUUCCACCAUCAAGUCGACCGGGUUGGCGUGGCUUAACAAUCUUAGAGGAGCGCCAGCGCAAUGGAAGGACUGAAUUUCGUGUUCGAUGGAAAGGCACCAACAUACCAGAUGGCUCUUGGUUGCCAGAGACUCAAUUGCAGAACGCACAAAGAGAAAUUGCAGCUUUCCGGGCCCGGGUGGCGGCGUUCGAGAUGCGUCGCCUUCAGCAACGUGAUUUGGGCAUCCCGAGACCUGGCGAGCCAACCACGCAAACCCAGCAGCAUAUCGCCAGCCCAAACCCAAUGAACCCAGCUUUGCUACAGCAGCACCGCGCUCACGGACCACAGCUGGUAAGCAACCUCGCAGGCCCUCAGCCGGCUACCCCCCAGGAAGCCGGACCGGCGGUCAGAUAUCAGCAAUAUUCCCCAAUGUUACAGUCGCCUCAAGCUACAAAUAUCCAGCAACGCCCUGCUGUGCGUACGCCAACUAAUUCUCGUGGAUCUUCGGGGACUCCAGGGAUGCAAGUGCCUCCGAGUGCCCAGCAGCUCUCAAGCCCGCCCACAUCGACAAAUGUAAUUGCACCUGCAAGACCAGAUUUAAUGCGCACGCCUGCGAGUAUCCAGUCUCAGCAGAAUGCCGGCCCGGAAACUUUGUUCAAUGGUUCAUCUCAAAUGCCCCUCCCGACGUUGCCAGCUGCACGACCUCCGCAGAGUGCAAUACCGCAAUAUGGACAGCCGCAACAUCAUGCAGCCCCUCAACACGGUCUCCCUUUCUUCCAUCCUGAUCCAAAUUUUGUUUUGGCUCAAAUGGCAGUGCCAAAUCCAGACCACUUCGCUCUUCAUCAAGCUGGGCUUCGCAGCCCCGAGUACCGUAAGAUGAUCGACUUGGACGGCAAUGAUUCCGAUGCCCGCUACUAUCAGUAUGUCGAAGAUAUUAUUGAGCUCCCCGAACUCAUUACAAGAGAUUCUGGUCUGAUUCGAUGGAACAUGCAAAUUCCACAACAAGUUUGGUCGAGGAGGACGACGCCUCUGCCUCCCUUUGGGGAAUUCUUGAUCCCACAACGCAAAGUGGCCAAUGGGAAUGUGCAGUUCAGGUUGAAGGCAAUCGUCAUUGCUGAGAAGGAAGGACGGUCUAGGCCUACACUAUCAGAGUUCUGUACCCAGCCGACCAAGUGGCCGAAGUGUCUCUCCGUCUCUAUCAAUGAACACCACGGGGUCGAUUUCCGGCGGAAAGCGCACCACGGCGCAGAUCUUGCCACAGAUAUAACAGAGAUGGUCAGGGAAGGCGAUAACGAGAUAGUGGUUGGCGCCAUUUUCAGCCCGCAGGAGGCGCAGGUCAAAUUCCUGAUGGCCGUGGAGAUCAUCUGCAUAGCAGACCAUCAGAGGCUACUCAGAAUGCCGACUCGGUUGCCUGCCGCAGAUGCUCUUGCUGCCAUAACAAAUUCCUGGACGAACAUAGCGGAGGAUGACGAUGAGUUGGUGAUCCGCCGGGCCAUGAGCAUUGACCUUUUGGAUCCCUUUACCUCUGUCAUAUGUGUAACACCUGUCAGAGGGUCAGAGUGCCGGCAUCUACAAUGUUUUGACCUCGAAGCUUUUCUGUCAAGUCGCACAGGCCGGACCAAGGACAGCGGUCUGUCGAGUCCUGAUAAAUGGCUCUGUCCGAUCUGCAAAAGCGAUUGUCGACCUCCAAUGCUGGUCAUUGACGAAUUCCUCAUCGGGGUCCGCAACACUUUGGAGGAGAACGGGCAGCUACUUGCCAAGGUCAAGGCAAUUCUAGUCAGAGACGGUGGUACUUGGGAGCCCAGGCUGGAGGAAGCAUCGAACGAUGAAGGCAGAGGCAUGCCAGCCUCGAACCCAUCUAACACAGGGACCCCUGCUCCACCUGCCCCAGUGGCGACAGGGCCGAUUGCGGCACACGCAGCACCGGCAAUUAUCGUUCUCGACGACGACGACGAAGAAGACGACUGA